UAGACCAAGAGCAUCAAUACGAAUAGCGCAAACGGACAAAAUGUUCAAAGAAAAUGAAAUAAAUGUGUACGAAAACGAUAUUAGUUUGAAACAAGUGAUUAAAGAACAAAAUUUGCAAAAUAAAGAUGAAGCUUUAUUCAUAUGUGAUCUCAAUAAGUUAAAAGAGAAAUAUGAAAUGUGGAAUAGGGCAAUGCCGCGCAUCAAACCCUAUUAUGCGGUGAAAUGCAAUGAUGAUCCCCACGUGGUUAAGGUCUUGGCAGAUUUGGGCACCAACUUUGAUUGUGCUUCCAAGGGAGAAAUAAAACAAAUACUGGAUCUAGGGGUCUCACCAGAUCGCAUUAUAUUUGCCCAACCUUGCAAACCAGUAUCACAUUUGGAAUAUGCCCAACAGAUGGGGGUAAUGACAAGUACCGUCGAUACAGAAUUUGAAAUUUAUAAAUUGCAUAAAAAUUUCCCAGAAUCAAACUUGGUUAUACGUUUUCGUUGUGAGGCCAAAGAUGCCCAAUGCCCUUUGGGUGAUAAGUUUGGAUGUGAUGCAGAGAAAGAUGCCACCGCUUUAAUUUUACUGGCCAAGAGUUUGAAUUUAAAGGUCAUUGGCACAAGUUUCCAUGUGGGCUCUGGCUGCAAUGAUUUGCCUGCCUAUGAUCGUGCUAUAACUAUAGCCAAGAAUCUUUUCAAAUUCGGUUCAUUGCUCGGCUACAAUAUGAAUCUGUUGGACAUUGGUGGCGGCUUUCCAGGCAGUGAUGAUAAGAAAUUCUAUAGAAUCGCCGAGAUAGUGAAUAAAUCAGUAUUGCGACAUUUUCCCGAUGAUAAAGUAAACAUUAUCGCCGAACCCGGCAGAUAUUUUGUUGCCGCGGCAUACACUUUGAUUUGUAAGAUUCAUGCCAAGCGUGAGGCCAGAUUACCUAACGGAAAGCUAUUGACGAAAAUGUAUUACCUAAAUGAUGGUGUUUAUGGUUCAUUUAAUUGCAUUCUCUAUGACCACCAACAUGCGGAGGUGGUACACUUUGUGAACGAAGAAGAUGCAAUUGUGCCUAAGUUCAACUCGCUUAUUUGGGGGCCCACCUGCGAUGCUCUGGACAAGAUUGCUGAAGAUGUACAACUUCCCGAUUUGAAGUGUGGUGACUUUUUGGCCUUUCCUAAUAUGGGAGCAUACACCUUACCCAUAGCUAGUCCUUUCAAUGGUUUUGCAUUACCUAAAGUUCUUUAUUUUGAUAAAACAAAAAUAUGACUAAAACAAAACGAAAAUAUAAUGUGCAUUUCAAGAGGA